CUGACUCUGUGUCCGGGUUGUAUGCGCUGCUUCUAAUCAGAGGGUGAGGGGAACACCGGGGCUUCUGUAUACACAGCCUACCGAGCACCGUGUCCUGACAGCACUGAUAACGAGGUGUCGCACUUGGUGGAGGUCCUGCCUUUAGAGUAAUGGAAGAUAACGCGGACUUGGAGCUUUUGACUUCCUUGCUGGAGGAAAAUGAAGCUGCUGAAAGCAGUGAUUCACACUUUUCUGAUGCUUCAAAUGGGCCUGACGCAUUUAAUGAAUUAUUUGAUGGCGAUGAAGAAGGGUCUUACCACGAAAGUGACGGUGCAUGUGAAGAGCAGGACUCCCAGGUGAAAGAAGAUUUUAAUACACUGUUUGGUGAUAUUGACGAUCUCGAAGAUGAUAAACCCGCUCUUCCAAACAAUACGCAAUCCCCUUCACCCACUCAGGAAAAAUCUAAAAAGGAGCUGGAAGAGGAGCUACAGAAGAUGCAGCAGCAAAUGAGAAGGCUACAGGAACAGCUUCAGCAUACUGGGAUUGCUCAGUCACCAAGCGCUGCAUUGCCUCGGAAAUCGGCUGCCAAAAACAUGAGGAUAACAGCACCAAAAUCACAAUGCAGUCUUUUAAAAGAGAGAAAUUAUAAACCUAUGCAAGAGUCCAGUACCUUUGCUGAUCAACUUGUCGUUCCAUCUACCUCAAGUAUGAAACAUCAGGAUACUGCUAAAAGAAAGCUUCCAAUGUCUGAGAAUAAUAGCCCGCCACAGAAGAAAAUUCCAAUUUUAUCUCCAGUUGGAAAAUCUGUUGCUAAAACUAGCCCUGCAGCUAAAGCCUCACCUCAGCCUGCCCCAAGCAGACCCUCUUCCAGCCAACAGAUGUCUUUUGAAAAAUUCUCCGGACUACGACUCAGGAAACCCCGGGUGUCGUCUUUAGAAAUGGAGAGGAAAAUGGGUGGACGAAAGAUGAUCAAACUCUUCCAAUUACAGAGCAAAAUUACUACAGAGAAGUUGGAGGACCAAGAUUGGGUUACGUUUGGUGUAAUUGUCAAGAAGGUUACUCCUCAGAGCUCUAAUAAUGGCAAAACAUUUAGUAUUUGGAGGCUGAAUGACUUGAAAAAUUUUGAUACAUGUGUAUCUCUGUUCUUGUUUGGUGAUGUACACAAAGAGCACUGGAAAACGGAUCAGGGAGUGGCCAUUGGUAUUUUAAAUGCCAGUCUCAUGAAACCAAAAGAUGGCUCAGAAGAGGUAUGCCUUUCUGUUGACAAUCCACAAAAGAUCUUGUUACUGGGAGAAGCAAUGGAUUUGGGAACAUGUAAAGCUCGUAAGAAAAAUGGUGAUCCCUGCACACAAAUGGUUAACGUGAAUGACUGUGAGUUCUGUCAGUAUCAUGUGCAAGCUCAGUAUAAGAAGGUGAGCGCCAAACGAGCAGAUCUGCAGUCAAGCUAUUCUGGACAUGUCCCUAAGAAAAUGACGACUAAGGGAGGAAACAGCCUGAAAGAGAAACUGUGCCACAGUGGCUUUCAUUAUGGUGGUGUGUCCUCCAUGGCAUAUGGAGCUUCACUUGCAUCAGCUACAGCACCUAAGAAAUCUGUCCAAACAACUCUAUCCAAUAUGGUAGUUAGAGGCGCAGGUGCCAUAACACUGGAAGCAAAACAAAAAAUGGCUGCUGCAAAGAAAAACACUGUGCAGUGUUCAGAUGAGUUUAAGGAGCUUUUGACUGUACCAACUCCAGGAGCCCUCAAUCUGAAUAGACAUUUGUCCGGCCUGAACCCAAAAGGAACCACUGCUAACCCUGGGUCGUGUAUUCAGUCUCUCUCGGCUUCAGAGCUUCUGAAACAGCAGAGAAAACAGUUGUUGGAUGCAAGAAAACGGAAAUCAGAAGAGACCCAGAAAAGGUUUCUUGAAAGCACAAAUGACACAGAACAGUCAAGUUCCACUACAAGUGCUGUGCAGGCAAUAUUUCAGUCUCCUAAGCAAGCUGCAGAGUUCCCCAGAGCCCAGAAGAUAUCUGCCCCCAAGUUGGGUCGUGGUGUUACCGAGGGUGAAGAUGUUGUCUUCUUUGAUGUGUCUCCACCUUCCUGCAAAUUAAAGGCUUCUGCAGAAGCUAAAAAGAUUGCUGCUUUUCGGAAAUUACAAGCAAAAGGACAAGUGCUCACAAAAGAGAAUCCGAACGGUAUUAAGAGAAAACGUUCCAGCGCAAUGGACAUUGACCAAGUGGCCGAAAGGGUGGACAGAGAUGUCACAUCACCUGAAGCUGAUGACGAAGAACCAGUCAUGAAGAAACACAAGGAACAACUUGCUUAUUUACAGUCUGAGGAGUUCCAGAAGAUUUUAAAUGCCAAAUCAAAGCACACAGGUGUCCUGAAGGAGGCUGAAGCAGACUUGCAGGAACAAUAUUUUGAGCCUCUUGUGAAGAAAGAACAACUAGAAGAAAAGAUGAGGGGCAUAAGAGAGCAAAAGUGUCGUGCAGUGACCUGCAAAACGUGCAAGUACACUCACUAUAAACCCCUAGACACUUGCGUAAGUGAAAACCAUGAUUUCCACUGGCAUGAUGCUGUGAAGCGUUUCUUCAAAUGUCCAUGUGGCAACAGAACAAUCUCAUUGGACAGACUUCCCAAGAAGCCCUGCAGCACCUGCGGGGUUUUCAAAUGGGAAAGAGAUGGCAUGCUUAAGGAAAAAAGAGGUCCAAAAAUUGGAGGUGAACUGCUGUUAACAAGAGGAGAGGAACAUGGGAAAUUUCUCAAUAGCCGUUAAAUAAUUGUCUUGCAUAACUCCAGUUAAUGGACUGGCUGUCUUCAGACUGUAUAAUUGGGUUUACAAUAAGAAUUUGGAUGGGGACCCUGAAAAGCCCCUGGAGCCCUGUCAUGCUAUUCUCACCAUGACUGUUGGAGACAGAUAUUUUAUUUUUCCCUUACCUGUCAACACAAAAGUGAUCUUGUUUGAUAAAUGGACAAGACUGCCUUUGCUAAACUUCUAUAAAUGAUGGUGGCCUGACUGUCAAGCUUAUCCAAUGGCUUCAAUCUUUGUCACUGAGCUAGAACAAGUGUGUAAAUCAUAAGCUGAGCAGGGUAUACACAGAGUUGGUGUGCGUGUGUGUGUUUUUUUUUUUUUUGUACAACCUGCUGGUUAAACAAGACACCCAGCAUCCACACAAGCGAUGUGGAAUUUCCCCCUACUGCGCUAUUGUAUUCUAACCGUGGGUACUCCCAAUCAGAAUACCUACAUCAGGGCUGCUGUUUUCCAGCCGAAGAAGCUGUUCCAAACCUCCUCUUCUGUUGAACAGAGGAAUACACACACAUCACAAUUCGUCCUGUUCCUGCUAAACCCACCAAGUUUUAUUAUGUGUAUACCCUGUUUUUAGAAUUUUAUAUUGAUCGGUGUCAGGACUUUGCAUCGAAACUGCAGGAUUGGCGUGACUGACUGGAAACUAAUAUUUUCUCAGAGGUUAGCAGUGGUAUUCUACCCGUUUCUCCUAUGACUGGUUACCCUUUUUUAUGUUUUUUACUGUGUUUUAAGCAAAUAUAUGCUAGCAGAUUCUUGUUUACAUUGAGGGGAAAAAUGUCAAUAUUUGAUGUGGAUUACCCAGAAAACUUUAGUGUAUGGCUGGCAGAAAGCAUUUUACCUUUUUUUAUUGUUACUGUGAAGCAGUGGACUUGUAUAGGAAAAUUAAUGUAAAUAUGUAUGUGUUCUUUUGUGAUUUAUUUUUUACUUGUACAUAUAUAAUGCAUGCUGCAAAUACAGUGCACUGCCACUACAAUUCUAUUUAUAUAUGCCAUUCUGAAUGACAAUAAAACUGUUUUGUAUAGUA